UUCUUUUCUCUCCUUUGCGCUUCCACUCGGGCGUCUUUGGUAACGGACACGGUAGAGGAGACUUUAAACAUGGAGAGCACAGGUUCAGGCCCUGGGGAGCCUUCUGCAUUAGAAGCUCGAGGGUCGACGGACGAUCGCCUUUUCCUGGUUAAAGGUGGAAUUUUCCUUGGUUCUGCAGCAGCAGCAGGAAUGCUAGCCGGAUUUGUUACGACAUUGUCAUUAGCUAAAAAGAAAAGCCCUGAAUGGUUUAAUAAGGGCACCAUGGCCACGGCCGCCUUGCCAGAGAGUGGCUCUUCCCUUGCCCUGCGAGCCCUGGGCUGGGGUUCUCUUUAUGCCUGGUGUGGGGUCGGUGUGAUCAGCUUUGCCGUCUGGAAAGCUUUAGGAGUUCACAGUAUGAAGGACUUUCGGAGUAAGAUGCAGUCCAUAUUUCCACCAAUCCCCAAGAACCCCGAGUCAGCAGUUGAGUGGGAGGAAGUCCUGGAAUCGAAAUGACGUGGGCGUGGGCAUGGUGACUCCGGAAUAGCUCCAGGAACCGCCACGUCUGAGAAGGGGCUGGGGCAGCUCCUCUCGAGGAACGCGUGCAGGUGGCUGGCGAGCCCAUAGGCUACAGCGGCUCUGUAUCUACAGCACAGGGCGGGAAUGCUUUCUGAAAGCUAAGA